GUGGGGACAGAGGAAAGGAAGAAAAAAAGAGAGAGAGAGGCAGGAAAAGUUUUUUCAGAGGAAAAUGCAGGGCUUGUCCUUAACCCUGACGUCAGAUCUUGCUUUAAUAAAACCCCCCAAAGGCUGCGGGAAGAAGCAUAUCUGGUGCUCCUCAUGGGCCAGGCCAGUCUCGGCCCAGCUCCCCCGAGAGGUGGCCGGAUCCUCUGGGCUGCUCGGUCGAUGCCUUUGCCACUGACUUCCAGGCAUGAGGUGGUUCCUGCCCUGGACGCUGGCAGUGGUGACAGCAGCAGCUGCAGGCAGCGCCCUGGCCACGGCCCUCUCUCCAGCCCCCAUGGCCAUGGCCUUCACCCCCGCGCCGCUGGAGGACACAUACUCACGCCCCCAGUUCUGCAAGUGGCCAUGCGAGUGCCCGGCGUCCCCACCCCGAUGCCCGCUGGGGGUGAGCCUCAUCACCGACGGCUGUGAAUGCUGCAAGAUGUGCGCUCAGCAGCUCGGGGACAACUGCACAGAGGCCGCUGUCUGUGACCCCCACCGGGGCCUCUAUUGCGACUACAGUGGGGACCGCCCGAGGUACGCAAUAGGAGUGUGUGCACAGGUGGUCGGCGUGGGCUGCGUCCUGGACGGGGUGCGCUACAACAACGGCCAGUCCUUCCAGCCCAGCUGCAAGUACAACUGCACGUGCGUGGACGGCGCAGUGGGCUGCACGCCGCUGUGCCUGCGCGCGCGCCCCCCUCGCCUCUGGUGCCGCCGCCCCCGGCGCGUGAGCGUGCCCGGCCGCUGCUGCGAGCAGUGGGUGUGCGACGACGACGCCGCCACGAGGCCGCGUAAGACGGCGCCGCGCCACACGGGUGGCUUCGCGGCCGCGGCCGAGGGAGAGCCAUGGCACAGGAACUGCAUAGCCUUCACGAGCCCCUGGAGCCCCUGUUCCACCACCUGCGGCCUGGGGGUCUCCACUCGGAUCUCCAACGUCAAUGCCCGGUGCUGGCCUGAGCAGGAAAGCCGCCUCUGCAACCUGCGGCCGUGUGACGUGCACCUCCAUCCACUCAUCAAGGAAGGGAAGAAGUGUUUGGCCGUGUACCAGCCGGAGGCGCCCGUGAACUUCACCCUCGCCGGCUGCGUCAGCACACGCUCCUACCGGCCCAAGUACUGUGGGGUCUGCUCGGACAACCGGUGUUGCAUCCCCUACAAGUCCAAGACCAUCGAUGUCUCCUUCCAGUGUCCGGAUGGGCCUGGCUUCUCCCGCCAGGUCCUGUGGAUCAACGCUUGCUUCUGCAACCUGAGCUGUAGGAAUCCCAAUGAUAUCUUUGCGGACUUGGAAUCCUACCCUGACUUCUCAGAAAUUGCCAAUUAGGCAAGCACGAAACAUGGGCCCUGGGGCCUGGCCCAAUGCUUGCAAAGCAGCCAGCCCUUUGAGGCCCACGGGUGAGCCUUCUUUUGUCCCCUUCCCUCUCAUUUCUAACUACUCUGAUCCAGACCCUUGGCGCCUGUCCUGUCUCUGACCACCCCAGUGACCCAUUAUGGUGCUGCUCGAGCCCAGGCCGUGGGUCCCUUCCUUGCCAGCAUUCUGCACCCAUGCCAAAGAAAGUGCCUGUCACCAGCUGUUCUGGACAAUACCCAAGCUUGACCCAGCCUGUCCAAGCCACUGGAAGUCCUGCUGGAUCUUGCACGAGUCCCAAAGAACAGAAUCAGCUAGACAUUUGGUGUCACUCAUUCUCUCUUUAGAUACCAAACCACAGGACUCUUUGGGUCCAUCAGAAGCGUAGACGGGAUUUAGGGAUUUAGGACCAUGGAACAGUGUAUUGGUGGGGCCCUGCCAGGUGGCACUCUUAACAGACAGCCUGACCGCAGUACAUCAUGUAUCUCUGAUUCCAAAGAUUCAUGCAUCCCAAGGUCACCAAACAUGUGCCAAGUAGGCGAAUGACGGUUUGGUUUUGUUUUUUAGUGGAAAAUUGUAUCCGUUAAUCUGAGCAUUGUCGAGGUUAAGUCUCUCUUUGCCUCUGCCCUGUGGAAAGUGCGAAUUGAGUGCAUCCCAGUCAGAGAUGCGAUUUGAUAAACUUUAUUCUUGUUUCUGGGGAAAGUCCCCAGUUGCUACUCCGGGGUCAGAGCAAGGCCAGCCAAUUUGCAGAAGGAGCAAUGGACCUACCAGCGAAUCUGCUGCUGACAGACAGGGCUUUGGGCGGUUGGCCGGGCUCUUCCUUGCAUCCAGAUCCUCUGCCUGCCUGGGGGUUCAUGGGACUUGAUGGAGCCCCUAGGGCGGCCUCUCUGACCCGUGAAAGUGGUGUCCUGGGAUAUUCCCCUGGUCUCAAGGAGCGUUGGGGGAUGCAGCAGAAGCCCAGGCCGGCCCCACCUGCAAUGACCAAGACAGCUCCAGGCUGGGCGUGGGACAAAGAAGCAGGUCCACUCUGCAUGAGCCUGAGGUCGCAAGGGUGAAUGAGCCCAGGUCACAUCUCUUUCUGCCACAGUGACCCAUUUCACAGACUUUGGGUCUCCUGACCCAAAUAACCCAGUUCUGGUAUGAAGACAGAGGUUUACCAGUUGUCUAGGAAUAUACUUAACAGGGAUUAAAAGCCAAAAGGGGUUGAAGCUAAAAGGGAGAGAAGGUUGUUCCUAAUGGAAAUGAGGCUAUUAUUUAUUUUGUUAGUAAAGUAUAAAUAUUUACUGUUAUAAUUCUUUUAUUUAGUACCUCCUCUGUGCCGGACAUUGUUCUUAGUGCUUUCCAUACACUAGCUCAUGGAGACUUCGCUUCAUGUUGAAAGGUCCCCGUUAUUGUUUCUGUCCUUACAAAUGUGAAAUGGAAGCUCAGAGAGGUCAAGUGGUGGCCCCAGUCACCCAGCUGGUAAGCGGGGAGUCAGGAUUCAAAUCCAGGUUGGACUGACUUUAUAACCCAUUAUUUUUUCCUUACUUUUAGAGCUUCCAAAUGUGUCAAAGCAGAAAAACAUGUCAGAAUAAGGGACUUUUUGCUCUCUCUCUUCACUCUUAUUACUGUCUCUCUAGUUCCUUUCCCAAGAGAAAAAGAGCAUCUGACUUUCAGAUAAUUUAAGUGCCUGAGCAUCCAAAGAAUAUGGGAUGGACAAAAAUCCAGGAAUACCCUAUAGAUUGUCCCUUCCUUCAAGUCAGAACCAGCUUGAGCCAGCCCUGAUAGUCUAGCGGUUAAAGUUCCGUCCGCUCCCCUUGAGCGGCCUGGGUUUGGUUCCCGGUUGUGGAACCACACCACUCAUCUUUCAGUAGCCAUGCUGUGACAGUGGGUCAAAAAGAAGAACUAGAAGGACUUACAACUAUACACAACUAUGUAGUGGGGCUUUGGGGAGGAAAAAAGGAGCAAGACUGGCAAUAGAUGUUAAAUUAGGGCAAAUCUUCCCCUACAAGGAAAAAAAGUCAAACCAGCUCCCCUCACAUAUUUAAAAGAUGCUUUUGUUUACCCAAUGGUGCAUAUUAAAUGAUGCAGUAAUUCAUGAGGGAAUCCUGCGUGGUGUGCAGAGGGAUUCCUAAACAGGAAGAAAGCAUUGGGAGUUGGGAGCAUCGGGAGUGUCCCCCUUACUGUGAACUCCCGAUGCCUAGCCCAGUGCAAAGCAUGCAGUGGUGCUCAGUAUGUAUUUAAUGAAUAAAAGAAAUUUUGUAUGUGUUCCUACUUUUAUUCAGUAGCUCUCUUCUUCCAAAGGUACGAGACAGUCUAAUUUUUACCAGCCAAAUUUUAUUUGAAGUGCCGUAGGAAAAGAGACACUUCACAUUUAAAGAAACGUAUAUUUUUUAUUGGAAAAAAAAAAGAAUUUUUGUGUGAAGAGAAUUUACCCCGUGAGUAAUCCUUUCUAGAAGUCUGUGUGGAUUGUGUUGGAUUUUCUUGGAGUGAAAUCACCUGCCAUCUUCAGAUUACAAUGACCAGAUGACAGCUGACCCCUUUUGAAAUUCAGCAGCAACCCGAGAGCUAGGUUCUUACUGAAUUUGCAUCCCAAUUCGGGAAACUGAGCAUAGCUUCCAAGAUCCUAGGAAGCCUGGCUGGAGGAACUGGGGGUUAUCCAGGGAAUGCAUGGGAUGGGGUGGCCGGAGUGCCCCCGUGAUUAUGUGCUUUGAGAAAUGGACCCGUCUCAGGCAGGCCCUGGAGGGAUGGUCUCAGCUCCAUGAUUUGAAGUCGUGGGGGAGGCAGUUUGGGCGCAGUGAGAGGAAGCUCUUUCCAGCACGCUGCAGUGGUGUGACCUGCUUCAAGGAAAGUGCAGAAGAAGAAUCACCAUGAGAAAAGUCUGUCUGUGGAGUGCGUAUUUGGUGCCAAGCACCAUGCUAAGUUUUAAAUUAUCUUACCACUUAUCACAGCAAUUUUGAGGAAGCGUCUCUUCCCCAUUUUAUAAAUGGAAUGUCUGAGACUCAAAGAGGCUGAAAAAUCAGCCAAAAAAGUUGGAGCCCGAAGCCCAGCUUAUUCCACUCUGCCUUGCCCUUGGGGAGGCCUCCAGGCAGAGCCUCGAUGACCUCUGCUGGAUGUCUCAUCGACGAGAGGGACCAACUAGAUCAGAUAGAUGCCUCUCCAGCCGCUUGUCCCUCCAUGUUCUGGGAUGAGGGGAAGGUGCACUGACCUUCGGUGGAGAAAUUCACAUCAGUGCCUGGAGUGGAUUUCUCUGGCGUGCUUAGGUGUGGGGACCUGAACUCAUCAAAGCACUGGUUCCUGCUCAGCCUUCUCACCAGCAUUUGAGGAGCGCUCCCCAGGCCUCGGGCUGCGUGCUUUACACCACGUCUUCUUUAAUCCUCAUGGCAAACCUAGGAGAUAUGGCAAUGUGAUCACUUCCCCGUCUAAGAAAGGAGUCCUUUGAGGCUCCCAGAGGUUAUUUGCUCAAUGUCUUACCAGCUGUUGGACUGCAGACCAGGAUCUCAAACCGAAGUUCUUCUGACACCUGAGCCAGCUCCCCCGACGUGAAGCCGGGUUAGCCUAACCCCCAAAAUCAGAAGGUACAAGAGAUGCUUUGCUGACCAGAGCUGCAAUGUUAACUUUGAAAGUGAUUUGGAGAAUGAUCAAAGAAACAAGCUCCAAGGGGUACGACUGUCUCUAAUCUCAUUAACAUCGUGCUGUGUAUACAUAGAGGUGGUGGGAAAGCAACACAGCCCGUGACUAUUGUGUUAAAUGAGGUCACUGCUUUCUUAAGGACUUAUCUUGAUGCAGAGUAGCUGCAAUGAUGACCCUGCGCGGCUGGGAAUCAUGGAUGGUCCGAACGGUCAGCUGUGUAUCUGCACAUAUGCAUACGUGUCUGUGUCUAUAUCUGUAUGGAUAUAUCUCUUUUCAAACUGUGGCUUAAUAUUUGUCUUCCUACUGCCAUUUUUGUAACUGAAAAAUACACAUGAAGAAAUGUCUUGGAAUUUCCCAAUAGAGGAGGAAGAGCACUUGGGCAAUCUGUCUUGUUUUACCACAUUCCUCAUUUUUCUUGUGAUUUGGGUAGUGUGGAACGUGUUUGCUCAAUGUGAACGGUUCUCAUUGCUCAAAUUCCCUGUUUAUAGCUUUUCUCCUUAAAGCAAUAAAUCAUCAGCAAAGUGAUUUACUGGAUUUGGUGGGGUUUCCUGUAUAUUCAGUUAUUGUGAGGACAUUCAAUAAAUGUGCAGAUGGUGGAAAUUAGA